UUUGGAAAACUGUUGGUGACUACUUGGUAAACAAAGUCACAUGUAAAAGUUUAAGAAACCUAAGUUGCUGGAGGUGUCACAACGCAGUUUCCAUGGUGCAAGUGCAUGACAUCACAUAGGGAGCUGCCAGCAUCAUCAUGCUCUAACUGUAAACAUCUUCAGUUCCUGACGAGUGACGCAGCGAUCAGCAGCGAUCAUGAGUGAAGGGAGCCAUCCUACUCUUUACAUAAUUUUAGACAAUCCUGAUAUUUCUUAUUUUUAUCUUGAAGAAGAAAAUGACAUAAGUUCUCCUCCAACUGAGCAGCUUACAUACAGUGGUCUUUCUAUUGUUGAUCCAAUUUGGGAAACUAUUGACCCCAAUCCAAACCUCCAGACCCUGUAUAAUGACUUCAAUGAGCGCAUAUUUUCUGGUAUGCUGCCUGAGAUUGAAGUCAAAUGGAGCAACAGAAUGACUCGAGCGACUGGAGCUUGCUAUCCAUUUUUCAAUGAGGAAGGGAAUUGCGUACAAUGCAGAAUAUACCUGAGCAAGCCUAUACUUGAGUUGCGGCCAAGAAGGGAUACAGUGGAAGUAAGUUUUUGAUUUCCAAAAAUCUUUUGAAUUUUAAAAUUCUAUAUAUACCUCUAUUAUAGUCUUGCACAGUUAAU